AUGCAGUCGCUCAAUGCCUUGGGGAACAGGCAGAUAGCAAGUCUGAAUGCAGAUCUGAAUAGGAUGGAGAAUGGAGAGGGCGGACCAGGUGUACAAGGUCAGAUCACAACCACCCUCGGAGCGUUAUCGCGGUUGAUAGACGACUACGAUUCCAUGGCGAGAAAGGAGAUGGUGACAGCAGCGAGGGAGAAAGCGAACACUCGAGUAGCUAAACUGAAGAAUGAGCAUAAAGAGUUGAAAGCUAGAUUUGAGCGAGCGAAGAACGUAGGUCAGCAGAAAGCUCGUAACGACCUCCUAGGUACAUCCUCAACUUCCGCAACUUCCUCAUCAAGUGGAAUAGCCCAAAGACGAUCAUCAGCCUAUCCUUCAAGCAACUCUCCAAUUCACGAAUCCCCUUUCGGCUCCUCAUCAUCUUCAUCGCAUCAACCAAACUUAUGGCAACCCAAUCAUCCCCCUACGGCUCGAGACGAAUUCGCCCUGAGGGAACAUAGCUUUUUGCAAGAAUCGGAGAAUCACAUCGAUCAGUAUAUAGCUCAGGGGAGGGCGGUGUUAGAGAACCUGGUAGAACAAAGGGGUAUAUUGAAGGGGACAAAGAGGAAAUUGUUGGAUGCUGCUAAUACCCUUGGAUUGAGUCGGGAGACUAUAGGUUGGGUUGAGAGGAGGACGAAACAAGACGCAUGGAUUUUCGGUGCAGGAGCGACAUUCACUUUGUUCAGUUUCUGGGUAAUAUGGCAUUAUCUGGGAUAG